AUGUCCAGUCUAGAUAACACAUCUGUUUUACAGCUAAAUGGCUACAACAUUUCUUAUGAAGGCGUCUUUCCUGCGUUCCUUUUAGCAACCCUAAAUUAUAUGAUAAUCCUUUUCUGCAACCUCACUUUAAUUCUUACCAUUGUUAUGAACAAAUCUCUGCAUCAACCAAUGCAUCUGUUCCUGCUGAACCUUCCUAUUAAUGACCUGAUAGGUUCUUCAGCACUCUUUCCACAACUCCUUAAGGAGAUAUUGACAAACAGCAGAAGGAUGCAGCUUUCCGCUUGUAUCGCACAAGCUUUUUUCAUCCAUAUCUACGCAGCGGGCACAGUGUUCAUUCUUAGUGCGAUGGCCUAUGACAGAUACAUUGCCAUAUGUCACCCUUUACGUUACAACGCUGUUAUGACAAAUGCUCACAUAAUGAAAAUAAUCACAUUAGUUUGGUCUUCCUGUGUGAUUUUAAUAGCUGUGCUCUUCAUUCUUCUUUUACGCUUGCGUCGCUGUAGAUCUGAAAUUACACUCUCUUACUGUGAUAAUCCGAGUUUGUUAACUUUGGUGUGUGAAGAUACAACCAUUAAUAACAUCUAUGGUCUUUUUAUAAGUGCUCUUUCACAAAUAAUAGCUAAUGGAACGGUUUUGUAUACAUAUCUUCGGAUCCUCAUUGCAUGUUUUAGAUCGAAACAGUCAGACACUAAAGCAAAAGCUCUGCAGACGUGUGCCACACAUUUAUUAGUUUUCCUCUUACUGGAGUGCUUGGGUCUUUUUACCAUCAUAUCAUACAGAAUAAGAAAUGUUCCGCCACACAUAAGGAGAUUCCUAGGAGUGUCAACAUUAGUUUUCCCUCCAACAUUAAACCCAAUCAUUUAUGGACUUAAGACAAAAGAAAUUCGGGAAAAAAUCAUGACAUUUUUUAGAAGGAAAUUGUUUUUUUAUUAA